AGGCCACGGCCAACCUGGGCCUAGUCUUGGCCCUCCAGGCCAGGGGCAUGGCCCGGGCUGUGGAUGCCUGGGGGUCACGGGGUUAACUGCGGCCUCCGUGGGGCUCGAGAGCGAGCAGCCCCAGGACCCAGUGCCCGGUCCAGCAGCCCAGCAGGAAGGCAGCCGGGCCCCCACAGGGCAGGCCGGGUCCCAGGCCCGAGAGGCCCCUCGCCCACGGCCGAGGGGGUGGGGCGGCCUCGCCUCGGGCCGGUGCUUUUCGCCCUCCGUUGGCCGCCAGAGGCUCCCUCUCGCUCUCGCUCCCUCUCCUGGGAUUUUGCUGCUGGGCUCCCUCUCUCUGCGGCCCUAGAGUUAAUCCCAUCUAGCCGAGGGAGCUCGUCUCUCCCCGUGCCACCCUGGGCUCCGCUUGGCAGCCGCCGGGAGCCGCAGCCAAGGUGUCAGGACUUAAGGUGCUUCUUGGCACAAAGCUAGACUGCGACCUCCUACCGUAGCGCCUGGCGUCACCUGCUCGCACGGCCCGGCCCCGGGGCCGAGGGACUGCGUCCCGAAGCAGGCUUGGGAACCGGCCGCCUCUCAAAUGAACUUCAACGUGUUGCUUUGAAAAAGCCAUUUUGUGUUAAGGCUUGACUGUGAAUGGCCCCCUGAUAUACCUGUUGGGACGAUCACAACAGAGUAUGCUUUUUGAGAGGUACUUGGCUUGACCAGAUAUUGGUACUAGAGAAAAGAGGUAUUUUGUGUUUUGUUUUAUCCUGAUCAUUAUGAACAUUGGCUUUUGACCCCUGAAGUAAAAAUGUUGAAAGCUGAGUCUUCAGGUGAACGAACCACUCUCAGAAGUGCCUCUCCACACAGGAAUGCGUAUAGAACUGAGUUCCAGGCACUGAAAAGUACCUUUGACAAACCCAAGUCAGAUGGAGAACAGAAAGCAAAAGAAGGGGGUGAGGGUUCUCAGCAGAGCAGGGGGAGGAAAUAUGGCUCCAAUGUCAACAGAAUUAAAAACCUGUUUAUGCAGAUGGGUAUGGAGCCCAAUGAGAAUACUGCAGUUGUUGCCAAAACCAGGGGGAAAGGUAGACCUUCAUCCCCUCAGAGGAGAAUGAAGCCCAAAGAAUUUCUGGAGAAGACAGAUGGCUCGGUGGUUAGGUUGGAGUCCUCUGUUUCCGAACGCAUCAGUCGAUUCGACACCCUGUACGAUGGUCCUUCUUACUCCAAGUUCACGGAGACUCGGAAGAUGUUUGAGAGAAGCGUGCACGAGUCAGGACCCAACAACCGCUAUUCCCCAAAGAAGGAGAAGGCUGGAGGGGGGGAGCCGCAGGACGAGUGGGGAGGCUCCAAGUCCAACCGAGGCAGCACUGACUCAUUGGACAGCCUCAGCUCACGGACCGAGGCUGUCUCUCCAACCGUGAGUCAACUGAGUGCUGUAUUUGAGAACACUGAUUCCCCUGGGACUGUCAGUUCUGAGAAGGCUGAAAACAGCGAGUACUCAGUGACUGGGCACUACCCCCUGAAUCUGCCAACCGUCACUGUGACAAAUCUCGAUACCUUCGGCCGCCUGAAGGAUUCUAAUUCGUGGGCUCCUUCAAACAAACAAGGUGUUGAUGCAGAGGAUGCUCCGAAGAGUGACUCAACCCCAGUGCUAGAAGUGGCUUCUAGAAGUACCUCUGUGGCUCCGGCUCCUACUGAAGAGAACCAGCAGAGCAAGGAAGCCGGGGACUCCUCAUCUAACCUAGAGGCUCCCAGCAGAGUCGACGCAGACACUCCUGAAGGACCUUGUGCUGAAAAUCGGGCAAUGCCGAGGUCUGAAAUCCUUUCCCCGCCACACCAACCCUCAGCAGAUGCCGAAGAAAAUGUGGUCGAGGGCGAGGCAGCCGAGCAACUGAGAAAAGACCCUGCGGGUGGUGAUUUCACCUCUCCUGUUGCUUCUGCAGACACCUGUGGAAAAGAAGUACCUGAAGAUGCAGACGAUUUCGAGAGUUCCCACGUGUACAUGCACAGUGACUAUAACGUGUAUAGGGUGAGAUCCAGGUGUAACUCAGACUGGGGAGAGACAGGUACCGAGCAGGAUGAGGAGGAUGACAGUGACGAGAAUAAUGACUAUCAGCCAGACAUGGACUACUCGGAAAUCCUUGGACUGCCUGAAGAGGAAGAAAUCCCAGCAAACAGGAAGAUCAAGUUCAGCAGUGCUCCGAUUAAGGUGUUCAACACAUACUCCAAUGAAGACUACGACAGGAGAAAUGACGAAGUUGACCCCGUGGCCGCUUCAGCCGAGUAUGAGCUUGAAAAACGAGUGGAAAAGCUGGAACUUUUCCCGGUGCACCUAGAGAAAGAUGAGGAUGGCCUUGGUAUCAGUAUUAUUGGAAUGGGUGUUGGAGCAGAUGCCGGACUUGAAAAGCUGGGGAUAUUUGUCAAGACAGUGACAGAAGGCGGUGCUGCCCAGCGGGAUGGCAGAAUACAAGUCAACGACCAGAUCGUAGAGGUGGAUGGAAUCAGCUUGGUGGGUGUCACCCAGAAUUUUGCUGCAACAGUUCUCAGAAACACCAAGGGCAAUGUGAGGUUUGUUAUUGGGCGGGAAAAACCAGGACAAGUGAGUGAGGUUGCCCAGUUGAUCAGCCAGACGCUGGAGCAGGAGAGGCGCCAGAGGGAGCUGCUGGAGCAGCACUAUGCCCAGUAUGACGCUGACGACGACGAGAACACUGUGGCUGAAUUACAAGGAGUGUCUGGCAACUUCAAUAACAAUAACAACUAUUUUGUUAAGACAGGGGAAUAUGCCACAGAUGAAGAGGAGGACGAGGCAGGGCCCGUGGUUCCUGGCGGGGACAUGGCCAUUGAGGUCUUCGAGCUGCCUGAGAAUGAAGACGUGUUUUCCCCGUCAGACCUGGACACGAGCAAGCUCAGCCACAAGUUCAAAGAGUUGCAAAUCAAACAUGCAGUCACAGAGGCAGAGAUUCAAAAACUGAAGACCAAGCUGCAAGCAGCAGAAAAUGAGAAAGUGAGGUGGGAACUAGAAAAAACCCAACUGCAACAAAACAUCGAAGAGAAUAAAGAAAGAAUGCUGAAGCUCGAGAGCUACUGGAUUGAGGCCCAAACGUUAUGCCACACAGUGAAUGAGCAUCUCAAAGAGACCCAAAGCCAGUAUCAGGCCCUGGAAAAGAAAUACAACAAGGCGAAGAAGUUGAUCAAGGAUUUUCAACAAAAAGAGCUGGAUUUCAUCAAAAGACAAGAAGCUGAAAGAAAGAAAAUAGAAGAUCUGGAAAAAGCUCAUCUUGUGGAAGUGCAAGGCCUGCAAGUGCGGAUUAGAGAUUUGGAAGCUGAGGUGUUCAGGCUACUGAAGCAGAGUGGGACUCAAGUUAACAAUAACAACAACAUCUUUGAGCAAAGAACCUCUCUGGGCGACGUCUCGAAAGGAGAUUCCAUGGAGAACUUGGACGUGAAGCAAACCUCUUGUCAAGAUGGCCCAAGUCAAGACCUGAACGAAGCAGUCCCAGAGACAGAGCGCCUGGAUUCGAAAGCACUGAAAACCCGUGCCCAGCUCUCGGUGAAGAACAGACGCCAGCGGCCUUCCAGGACAAGACUCUAUGACAGCGUCAGCUCCACGGACGGGGAAGACAGUCUGGAGCGGAAGGGUUCAAGAUCUUCUUCUCCAGAAUCAGAUUCUGGUGUUCCACCCCUCACCCCAGUGGCUAGCGAUGUGCCCUUCUCACCUGACCACAUCCCUGGAUUUCAAGAAGAAUCUCUGCACCCAGACGGGGAGUCCUUCUCCUCUGCCUGGGGAGACACAUCCCCCUCCUCUCCUUCAAAAUCUGAUCACGACAUGGAAGAAUCUCCUUGCCACCAUCAAGCUACGUCCAGGAAAAUAUCACAAGACAAAGAUGGUGCCAAGGAUCCCAGGUCAUUAAGGACAUCCAGUUCAUUGGUGGUGCAAGGAGGAAAAAUUAAACGGAAGUUCGUGGAUCUGGGGGCACCUUUGCGAAGGAAUUCCAACAAGGGAAAGAAAUGGAAAGAAAAAGAAAAAGAAGCCAAUAGGUUUUCUGCAGGUAGCAGGUACUGGAUCUUCAGAGGCAGACUGGACAACUGGAGACCCAGGCCGCCGUCCGCAGCGCAGGCCUCCACCCGCUCCCCUUGCAUGCCUUUCUCGUGGUUUAACGAGAGCCGGAAAGGAUCCUAUUCCUUCGGAAACCCGUCGUCACCUCCAAGUCCCCUUCAGCCUUCUCCUGAGACUCUAAGUUCAGAUAAAAAGAGGUCCAAGAAUCUUACCUUCAGUGACGACUUCAGUCCCAGCAGCACCAGCUCUGCAGACCUGAGCGGCUUAGGAGCGGAACCCAGAACACCGGGGCUCUCCCAGUGCUUAGUGCUGUCGUCAGAUGAGAGCCUGGAUAUGAUAGAUGAUGAGAUCCUUGAUGAUGGACAGUCUCCCAAGCACAGUCAGUGUCAGAAUCGAGCCGUUCAUGAGUGGAGUGUGCAACAGGUUUCUCACUGGUUAAUGAGCCUAAAUCUGGAGCAGUAUGUAUCUGAAUUCAGUGCCCAAAACAUCACUGGAGAGCAGCUCCUGCAAUUGGAUGGAAAUAAACUUAAGGCUCUUGGAAUUACUUCAUCUCAGGACCGCGCAGUAGUCAAAAAAAAACUCAAGGAAAUGAAGAUCUCUCUCGAGAAAGCUCGGAAGGCCCAAGAGAAAAUGGAGAAGCAAAGGGAAAAGCUGAGGAGGAAAGAACAGGAACAAAUGCAGAGGAAGUCCAAAAAGACAGAGAAGAUGGCGUCGGCCGCCGCGGAGGGCGCGGGGGAGCAGUAGCGCGCCCUCCUGCAGGGGGCGCAAGGCGCGAGGAGAGCCCGCCCCUGCCUGCCCUGCUGGCCUCCCGAAGAAGAAGAAAGGCACGACCGGGUGGUGUUGCGCUAGGCAGAUGGAGAACUGUGUGUUGCGUGACUGCAUUGUCUGCAAUAAUAGAAUGCACUCCCAAUUUUAAUCUACUGAAGUUAUCCCUUGGCACGUUGGGUUUAUCCACACACCAGAGAUCUCAUUUGUGAGAGAAGCAAGGUGGCCAAUCUUUUCCUCACCAACAUCUUGUGUUGUGUUGGGUGUGUUGUGCCCCCUUGGAGAACCAGCAGGACCCUGCCCCAGGAGAGCAUGACACACCCUGCUCGUGCUAAUGGAGUGAGUUUUCAGUACGCGGUCCCGAAACUGGUCAGGAGCUGAUUCCACACAGCUGGGAGCUCCCUGUCGCGAGACCUAGGCUCAGAGCGAACUUCUAGGGCUGCAGAAUCUACUUCAGCAGGUGGGACACAUUCCCCCUCAGUGCUCUGGGUGUGGGGGCCGUGGGAAAGCCCCACUGCGGGGGGACAUGGGUGCUCCGCCCCGCGAUCACCCACUGAAGGGAAAGGCUCACCCACUCUUCUGUCUGCGGGAACCGGAGAGAAGGAGUUAGCUGUUGCUUAGCUCUAGAAGGAAGCAAAAGCCUUGCAGACGUGGGCCUGGGUACCCCUUGGAGUUCUGAGGGUAACAUUUCUCCUCCAGAUACAGCUGAACAAGGAAGAGAAACACAGACAUUCAUGCAGCAGUGGGGUAUCGGGGUCUGCUGUUUACUUUGCUGCCGGCUGCGUGUUCGCUGUGUCAACAACACCAGCAAACACAGCACAGUUCCUUUUCCUCUCCCCAACAGAUUGAACAGGAAAUUGAUUUUUAAGGAAACCAACAUUUUCAGGUGUCGUCUCCUGGGGAGCGUUCCCCAACCUUCAUCCUGCCUGUGACACAGUCGGGAACGCGUCCCUAUUUUCUACUCAAGAUUUCCCUAGUGGGCUCAGCUAGUGUUUUAACACAUGUUCUCGUAAGAAAAGCAAAAACACCAGUUAAGGAAAACUUAGGUUUGAGUAACAUGCUGCCCUGAGGUGAUGUCUUCGAGCACAGAGAAUAUUCCUUGAAAGGAAAGCUGUCUGCCCCGUUUUAGAGGUGUUCUGAAUGGCUUCGCCUCCACACUUUGCAGAUUUUCAUUUUUUUAUUCGCGUGUGUUUAUGGCGGUCCAUAGGCGACACUUUAGUCGUGGGGGAACUUGUACUUAUUUUAAAGCCAGUAUUAAGGAGUCCAGUAUUUCACCAAACUGAAGUGAGUGCGGGAGAUUGGGGCAGGAGGAGGAGAAGGUAAACCCACCCUGGGAGAUGGCAAGUGGGUUGGAUUUGGUUGCUUGCUUUUGUUUUAUGUUGUAUGCUCAUGGGUCUGGUUCUGUUGGCUGAGGUCAUCUACUUUCUAAAGGACUGGUUUCAUGAUGAGGCUUGAGGCUGGGUGAGUGCUUGGCCGAGUAUUUUGCUCCCUUUACCCUCCCGGCCCCUCCUCUGUUCCUGGCGGUAUCUAAAUCUCCGGGGGAAGUUUUGUGUUUGCAGAGCUUGGGGACAGUGUUGGAGCACCACAGAUGUCAGAGAACUUAGGGGCCCUCUUGCCCACAGAGCCCCCAUGUCAUAUUUUGAACAUCGUGGCUUACUUCUUUCUUUCUUUUUAUCUUAUCUGAAAAUCGAGUUCUGGGACUGUCUAAAUAAGGAAUUUAUAAUCCUGUACCCCCUGCCGCAGGCCUGCUUCCUGUUCAGUGGGAGUGGAGUCUGUUUUGUCAUGGGUACAGAUCAUUCAUUCAUCCUCAGAAAAGCUGACAUAAAGUCAGACUGUGUUUACCAUGGUCAAAGUCACCACGGUGUUUUGCUCUCCAUCACCAUGUGGGGUCAUGAUAAUGAAGCUGCCAUACUGGAUGCUCUGUUAACAUCUGGAGACGUCUGGUGCUUUGCUAUUUAUUAAUAUCAUGAGAAAUGAGAAGCCACUAUUAAUGAACUAUACAAUUUGGAAUGCUUUUCUAAUACUAAAAUACUACUAAAUUAUUAAAAAUCUGCUUUGUAAAUUUUUGCUCAUCCUUGGGGGAAAAAAGUAGCCUGGCUCACACUGGAAGUUUCACCGCGUUCAUUUCAAGGGUGGAAGUUGAGUUAUGUUUACACUGGGUAAUAUUUUAAAAUGGGUGUAUAUAUUGAAGAUGUCUAUAAGUCUGUCUCUGCACAUAAUUUAUGAUCUAUUAUAUUGCAUUUUCUUACAUGUCUUAAAAAUAUUAUUCUUUGUUAUAACUUUAUUUGUACAUUUUCAGUAUUUAGAUCAGUGUCCCAAUGGACAAUGUUAUAAAUCAAAUUCUUAUUCAUCAAGUCAUCUAGCUUGUAUUCUAACUAUCUUUAAGUUAAAUUAUAGUAAUUUUAGGGCUAAAUGAGCUAUCUUAACAUUACUACUUAAAACUGCUGAAUGUGCAAAAGGAACCUGAUUUCACUGAUGGAAGGGUAUGAAAAAAAAGUGAAGGCCCUCAGAUCUUGUGAGCAUUUUGUUUUCCUGUUAUUUCGUUUCUUAUUGACUGUAGCGCACGAUGCCCAUUUGAGGUUGCAAUGUCUUGCGCAACUCCUGCUUUAUUGCUCUGGCUUUUCACUGUCCAUACAGUUUCACAUAGAAUCAUUGCUUCAUGAAACUUAAAGAUUUUUGCUUUUUUUAUUAUCAAAAAAAAUGAAUAGAAAGGGAAUAUGUGGUCCUUAAGAGAUAUAGUCCCUACCUACAGUGACGAAUGUCCCGAGGGGCCUCUCAGUGCGACUCUGGCAACAGGCAAGCGUGCCUGGGGCUUAGACAAUGCUGUGCGGAGUGGGGGUGUGUGGUGGGGCCAUGCUGCAGACAGCAGCGUAUGCGCUGCAUCUGGGUCAGGGUUCUCCACUGGAGGACUUUGGUUUUAUAAUCCAUCACUUUGUUAAGGUAACUCAGAGUUUGUGAAACACUCUUCCCAUUCUUUUCUUGCCUGAAUGAGGAGUUUACCCCCAGAGUGUUCAGUACAGACAGAAACCUCAUUUCUCCCAUUCUAACUCUCGGAUGAGGCCGCCUUGGGUUUCAUGACAAUGAGCCAUGCUGUGCUGGCUGCCUUUAGCUGGGGCUGACAUUGAUUUCCCACCCCCAACAUCACAUACGCCUUGUUAACCCACAAUAGUUCAUGAUUGCAGGCUGAGAGGUGCUGAAGCUUUCAACCGGCAAGAAAGGGGGCCAUCUACAUCAUGAAACAAAAGUGACAAGAGGAAAAGCGAGGAACCAAAUCCACCCUUGUCACUCCCCGUGACCCUGUAGUCAUCCCUGGCCUGAAAUCUUAAAAUAUCCCAGGCCCAAGCUACAAAUUCAUCACAGGUUAUUUAAUCUGGUAUCUCAGCCUUUACAGUUUUUGUUGGACACAGAAUUUUCACCUAGUUUCUUUGUACAAUAGGAUUAACAUACGAAAAAACGACAUCAUAAAAGAGGUAAAUGGGAACUUUCAUUUAUACAAAUAUUCUGAUUCAUUUAUAUGUGUUUCAAGUUACACAGACUAAGCGUCAAGAGGAGACCCAGUGCUUGAACAAUACUGUUGAUGAAGAAUCUAAAGAGAGGUGCCCCAACAAUUCUGAAAGGAAGAGCUACGCUAUGUAUAUGUUGUAAGCCCCUCUUUACGCUGUGAUAUUUAAGAAGUACCAAGUUCCGUUUGAGUAACUAGAAGUAAUCUCAACAGAACUGGAAACAAAGGGCACUUCACUUGUAGGGUCACUGUCACCUACUUCAUGCUAAGGCCCAAAAUGAAAAACCAAGUCUUUUACAUCAUUUUAAAUUUGCCUUUGAUCAUAGAUCUACCUAUGUGCUAUUCUAAUAGAAACAUAGUAUUUCAGGAUGAGGUCCAGAAAGAAAGAAAAUGAGAAACUGUAUUUUCCUAUCAGAAUUGUUUCCAAUCUGAUGGAAUGAGGAGGAAGGUAAAUUCUCUAAAGAAAGUGUCGAAGGGCGCUGGACAUGAAUCAGUGACUCUUUCCUGGAAACCAGGCUGAGUAGAUGGGCAGAUUUUAUUUACAGUUGUAUUGGGCAUUUGAAGUCUCAGGAAAUUUAGUUUUGGUCCAAAACACUGAGGGGAAAAAAAAUAACACCAGAUGAAGCACAUUUUAAUAACCUAAGGUAGCAGUAUAGAGUAGGCCCAACUUCGAAGCCAGAGGGGAAAGGCAAAACCUGCAGAAUCACAUCUGCCCUGCAAAAAGAGAGCGAGAGAGUUCUCUUUAUGGUCAUCCGAGGGUCCUUGCUGGCUUGUACAGGAGUUGCUGGAGUGGUAGCCACACGCAGGUGUACUUAUGUGGGCGUGUGGACCAAGAACAGCUUGUGAGCUACUUGCAGAUCCUUAGAGUGGGGAGGGCACACCCACAACCUCCAAAUCACUAGAGAGACAGCAGUGAGUCAGAGGUAAGGAGUGAGAGAACAACAGGUCACUUCUCCAUAGUGUGCAUGCCACUUGUGUAGAUGUUCAGAACUACAGAUGUGUGAACCUGUCUCCCACCGCACACACACACACAUGCACACCACAGUCACCUGGCAUAAAAGCAUCUGCUUCUGGAACUUGGUAAUGUCAGUUAGGACCCUGAGCUGCAAUCACGGCCUUUUGCCACUUUUUGUGUUGUGUAUACAUUGAAUGGCUCAUAGAUUUUAAGAGAUUUUUUUAAUGUAAGUAUUUCUACUAAAUGCACUUAUCCUUCUACAUGUUUAUAUAUUUUGGUAAAAUUGAUUUAUUAGAUACUUGGUAUUUUAGUAAGAGGAAGUUUCCUCAGCUGUUUUGUUAAUGCUUUGAUGCCAAGCUUGCACACUGCUGAGCAGGCACUCAGGAGACAUUUGGGCAGCCUGUGGCAUUUUCCACUGCAACCUGCAGUUUUCUUAGCUAAAAAGUGCACCGUGUGCUCUUGCACCUGUCUCACGCUUAUUCUAAAAUGACAUCACUGGUAGCUGUGAUGCUUGUCAUCAACCACUGGCGCUCUGGUGGUGACAUUGCCAUCACAUGACCAUUUAGUUACUUCUCAUGCCAAGUCAUGGCAUUUUGGUCAUCACCAAAAAUACGGCAAGUGGUUUUGAGUACGAAUCUGUUGUUGGAAGGUGUACACUUCUGUUUCUUUCCACUAUUUUAUCUGUAUACCCUGGUUUUCUGUUAAAGAUUUAAUCAUCCAUUCAUUUGUGGUAGAACACUUAACCAAAAAUAAGUUAACUAAAAAAGUGGAAACCAAAAGGCACUCCAGCUACACAACACCUUGCAACAAUAUCACAUUUAGCUGAUGCUCAGUGAAGUUCCUCAAUCCACGUUUUCCUCAUUAUUAUUUAAUAUCAUAACUAUUGCUUCUGUGUCUCUUAAUAGUAUUGCCAUUCAACCACUAGUACACCUGCUAUGUAAUUCUGACAAAACUGGGCAGCUGAAAAACAGAAGAGAAUAAAUUCUGUUCCACUCUAAGAAAUUGACGGAUUUUCAUCUUUCUUUGUGUAUCAUUAAGGGAAAGGAGCUGUUUGAAAAUAAUUUUAAGUCUGAUAAGUGUGGAUAGCAUGUUACCUGGGACUUUUAAUUUGUACAUUUUGAUGUCUGAUCAUUUGCAUGGAAGAGACAAUAGUGCCGCGUCUGAAUUGUUCUCUUGUGCUUGGUUAAUCUGUACCUCUCUAGAUUGUUCUGUUUCAAAUGACAUUCCUUACUCUUUGGUUUUCAGAGGCAUUCAAAGCAAAACUCUCACAGUGGUCUUUUGUUUUUUUUUGAUCAACCUAAAAAAUACCUGUGAUUAAAUUUUGAUUUGUUAGUGUAAAUAAACUUCUUGCCAAUGAGUAUUAUUGUUGUUAGACAACGAAUGCAAUAAAAAGAGAAAUACAAA